AGCAUCUCCAACUUGUCCAGCAUCGCUGGAUCCACCAUUUUCUAUUUCAUUUUAUCCUGAAAUUCUCCCGCAGACCCAAUGCGUCGUGCGGCUAUUCAGGCUUUCCGUGCUCGUCGCGUACCGGGAUGGAAGGUCGCUGGUAGAAGACCUUGUGCUGUGUCCUUCUCAAGUAGCCAGGCUCUUGGUCUUCGACCCUCCGCCGCGGGGAAACACGCCUCCUUUCUCCCAGCAACGCUGCAAUCAUCGAUGCAUCUCCGCAAUUUUUCGCUCGCCGUGAUAUCGACAGUUGUCGCCUCUGGAGCUUGGUACGCCUACCAAGGUAACGGCACCCAGACAUCAGUGGCUGGUCUGAACGGUACAUCCCCAUCGCAGUUGCGAACCAUAGCCACCACGGGAGCAGCCGCUGGUGUGCCUACAGAAGAGUCAACGCGACGGGCUCUGUUAGUGGAUAACGAUCAGUUCUAUACCGCAACACUGUCCGGGGAACAGCCUCUUUUCAAAAACACAGACGAUUCGGACCGCCGAGUUCUCGAGAUGUUGACGCCGGAGCAGGCUUCGCAGAAACUGAGGAAGAACGAGGAAUCAUACAUGGUCAAUCGAGGAAAGGGUGUGGUUCGAUAUGAUAUCGUUCAGGUUCCCAGCAACUCUCCCAUCGAGGAUGAUCAUGCGGAGAAGAUAGUGGAGGUACCAUCUUCUGUCGCUGCUGCCAACCAGGGUGAGGCAAACAGUGAUUGGAUGUUCUGGGCUGUGUUUGAUGGCCAUUCGGGCUGGACCACGUCGGCUAAACUACGCAAUGUCCUUAUCUCGUACGUUGCCCGGGAGUUGAACACUACCUACAAGGCCGCUGCUACAGACCCUUCGGUCCUCACCCCAACUUCCGCGGCCGUUGAUGCGGCUAUCAAACAGGGAUUCGUCCGUCUUGACAAUGAUAUUGUACACAACAGUGUUGAGAAGGUUCUGAAGUCCAACUCGCGGAGAGUUGCUGCUGAAAUGCUUGCUCCUGCACUGUCUGGGUCUUGUGCGCUUCUUGCCUUCUACGACUCUCAAUCCAAGGAUUUGAAGGUUGCCGUUGCGGGUGACUCUCGUGCCGUUCUGGGUCGCCGUGGACCCAAUGGAAAGUGGUCUGCGACACCGCUCUCCGAGGAUCAGACUGGCGGUACUCCGUUUGAGAUGAAGCGCUUGCGGGAAGAGCAUCCUGGUGAGCCCAAUGUUGUUCGAAAUGGAAGAAUUUUGGGGCAGUUGGAGCCCAGCCGCUCUUUUGGAGAUGCAUUCUACAAGUGGAGCAAGGAUGUACAGGACAAGAUCAAGCGACAAUUCUUUGGAAGAACGCCCCACCCCUUGUUGAAGACCCCUCCCUAUGUCACUGCCGAGCCUGUUAUCACAACCACUAAGAUGGACCCUACCCAGGGCGACUUUGUGGUCAUGGCUACCGACGGUUUGUGGGAGAUGCUGAGCAACGAAGAAGUGGUCGGACUUGUGGGCCAGUGGGUCGAGCAGCAACGCUCCGGAGCUACAAACGGAAACAAGGCAUGGCUGCAAAGCUGGUUUGGAUUUGAGAACAAACAGUUGCCAGUGGAGACUCCCAAGGAUGCUGUUUCGGAAGGCCAGCGUCGCCCAAUUCGCCAGCAGCAAUAUGACAUCUCGGGCGCUGCUAGCCGAUUCGUUGUCGAGGAUAACAACGCGGCGACCCAUCUCGUGCGCAAUGCCAUGGGAGGCAAGGACAAGGACAUGGUUUGCGCUCUGCUGACUCUGCCUAGCCCAUACUCCCGGAGAUAUCGUGAUGAUGUUACCGUCGAGGUUAUCUUUUUCGGCGAGGGUUCCGACACCCGUUCCAUCUCCAUCAACCAGGAAGCCAGCGCUUCUGAAGAGCCAAAAGCUAAGCUUUGAUAGAAUCAAUCAAGAUCUUCGCUGAGCAUCGCCUUUUUGGCGCAGGAUGGGAGCAUUUACCUUCUACACUAUCUUUUGGGUGGUUUUCUUUUUUUGCUUUUUGGUCAUCUUACAAUAUCCUGUCAUCAUAGUAAGAGGCUCUGGCGUUAAUCCGCCAGAUAACCUGGCCUAGUGAAUUUGAAAUUACACGUCGGCAAACUUGUAGAAAUAUGAAAUGAAUAUCUUGGCUCAUCUGAUAAAUAUGGGUGCUGUCAAAAUAAGCAUAACGCACGGACCUUGUGACAGCCACGUGAGCUGUCAUGCCCUGAAGAACAACACCAGGCGGAGAAUAUACUGCACUCUGUGAU